CACCUGAAGUCCUCGCUGUCGUUGGCAUGGUAUGUCCUAACCAAAACUCUCUCUCUCUCUUUCUGACUAACCAACCCAACUUACUAGGAAGAAGAAAAAGUAUACUAUGAAUAUAAAAUAGACAACAAAAUAGGAAGAUUCUAAAGAAACAAAUCAAGCCUUGUUUUUUGGGUGCCAGUUUAAAAUGGCUUCCCAUACUCAUAGAAUACAACAACUACCGAACCCCUCCCACGACCCACAUUUUCCAUCUCAGUCUUAUCUAACCCAACCCAUUAUCCUCUAUUCCUAGGCAAUUCCAAGAAGAUCGCGACAAAACAAUAAAGAUUUGAAGAUUUCAAAUUUGGAGCACAUUUUAUUUGUUGAGGUGAUUUUGGUUCACCUUCUCAAACAAAGCCUCAUAGCAUUAUAUUACUAUUUGUUAGAGUUCAAGAUCUGUUUCUUAAAGAGGUUGUUAUGUAAUAGCUACAAGUUUUAAUGGGAUUGCCUUUUCAAUGGCUAUUCCCGUCUGCGAUUCAAGAAUUCCACAUGAAAGACGGGAAAAGGCUUUCCGGGUUAUGUUGAUGAUCGACUUCUGCAAGAGAUUGUACAUCAUAUGGAUGGUAUUAUCGUUAUCAUUAUCAUCAUUUGCUCAAGGAUCAAAUCACUAUGACCUUAGGGCUCUAAAUGCAUUUAUUCAUCGUCAAGCAAAUAACAUUCUAGUACAGCCUCAUACAGGCAUUCUUUACAGUAUUCCUCUCCCUGCUAACUUCUCGGGCAUGGAGGUUUCAGUUAUUAGACUCAGAAGAAGGCAAUUUUGGGCUAAAGGAGCUAAUAUUAGUUUCUUUCAUAUCCCAUCAGGAAUUCGGCCAAUGCCUUACGUUGAAAGGCUAGCCAUACUAUAUCAGAACUUUGGCAAUUGGUCUUCUUAUUACUAUAAUGUGCCUGGUUAUAGGUUGGUUGCGCCUGUUUUCGGAUUCCUGGCUUAUGAUUCUAUGCAUUCAGGAAUGAUAGGCAUACACCAGCUCAAGUUCUACGGCCUGAAGGACCCCAUUGCAGUUCAGUUUUCUCAUCAUUUACUAGAAGGAAAAAAUGUGACACCAAAAUGUGUCAUAUUUAGUGCUGAUGGGUCAUUUAAAUUGCAGAACAUGAGUAAGUCUUAUGUUUGUCAUUCACUAGGUCCAGGUCAUUUUUCUGUUGUUGUUCCAAAUGAAGAAGAGAAUAGAUUGAAAUUUUGGGUGCUGGGAUUAGGGCUGGGAUGUGUUGGAUUGGUUUUAUUGGGUGUGGUUGUGGUGGUCAUUUUCAGAGUGGUAAAAAAGAAGAAGCUCAGGAAAAUGGAGAAGCAAUCUGAGAAAGGGGUGGCUAUUGAUACAUUCUGGAUAGGAGGAACAAAACUGCCUUCUGCAUCAAUGAUUAGAACUCAGCCAGCCCUUGAGAAUGAAUAUGUUCCCUGAUUCACAAUAUAAUUUCUUUGUACCUUUUUUGUUUCCCCAUUUUUACAAGUGAAGAUACCUUAAUUUGUACGUCCUUUAAAUUUUAGACAGACAAAGAAACAAA